ACCGCUAAAACCGGGAAUUUUUUUGUCUCUGGUUGACUUUACCUAGGCAGUGGUCAUCUUUCAGUCACAGCCCCGACCACUCCUGCUUUCUUCUUUUCUACAACUCAACGCUGUAUUUCUACCCCUGAAUGAUCGCAUUGGAUAUUUGUUUUAAAUCCUAUGCUCUCUCUCCUAUGUUCUUGUCCCUCCUAGGAAAAAAUGGCCUUCAAUAGCUCUCCCUGCACGAAUCAGUCCGAUUCUCACCUUCGUUUACUCGGUCAUGAUUCGACUUUGAUGGUGGGACAAUCAGUGUCCCUCACAUUGGGUGGCGACUCACUUCUUAUUGUCGAUGAGCGCGUCAUGCGCAAAUCGGACCGCACAUGUUGUGGAAUGGUCCCCAAACCUACGAACAAGGUCACACACUCCAUCUCUCUGUAUAACGUGCUCGAUACCAGCGUAUCGUCAGCUGGCCUGACCAUUACCUACGCCGAGCCCGCAGGCAAAGAUGACAUCGCCGUUACCGCUCUGCAAUACCCCAUCGCCGCUGAAGAGAAAUCGAGGGUCGAGCAAUGGAUGUCAAAACUACUAGCUCUUGCAUACGGCAAUGCGCAGCGUUAUAAGCGACUUAAAGUCCUGAUCAACCCGUUUGGCGGCAAGGGACAUGCGGCUAAAAUGUAUCGAACAUACGCGGAGCCUGUCUUUGCGGCUGCACACUGUGAGCUGGAUGUGCAAGAAACGACACAUGGGGGACAUGCCACUGAGAUUGCAGAGCAAAUCGAUGUCAAUGCGUUUGACGCCAUUGUAUGCUGCUCAGGGGAUGGGCUACCGUAUGAAGUCUUCAACGGGCUCGCGAGGAAGCCGAACGCCGGGGAAGCCCUUAGAAAGCUAGCCGUUGCCAUGUUACCGUGCGGUUCGGGGAAUGCAAUGGCCUGGAAUCUUUGCGGAACGGGCAGCGUUUCCAUCGCAGCUCUGACCAUCAUCAAGGGAGUGCGCAUGCCCAUCGAUCUCAUGUCCGUUACGCAGGGAAGCACUCGCACUCUGUCCUUCUUAUCACAGUCUUUCGGCAUCAUCGCAGACUCAGAUCUGGGCACGGAACACAUUCGCUGGAUGGGGGCUCACCGCUUUACCUACGGCUUUUUAAUGCGCCUUAUGUCCCGAGCAAUAUACCCUUGUGACCUUGCUAUAAAAGUGGUAAUGGACGACAAAAGCUCUAUAAAGCAUCAUUAUAAUGCAUAUGUGAACAGCCCCCCACCAGAUCCCUCGCGUCAGGACUCCGAAUACACCGAAGGUCUUCCCAAGCUUGAGUAUGGAACCGUUCUCGAUGAGCUUCCCAAAGACUGGGCCGUCGUACCAGCAGACACAAUUGGCAACUUCUUUGCGGGAAACAUGGCCAUAGUAUCGAAGGAUACCAACUUCUUCCCGGCGUCCGUGCCCAACGAUGGCCUUAUGGACAUCGUCACAAUUGACGGAAAAACUCCUCGUACCCGCAUCUUGAAAAUGAUGUCCGAAGUCCCGGAGGGCACAUUCUUCGAUAUGCCGGAAGUCGAGAUCCGCAAGGCACUCGCUUUCCGACUCACCCCAAGGGAAAAAGAGGGGUAUAUCAGCGUCGAUGGAGAAAAAAUCCCCUUCGAAGCUUUCCAGGUCGAAAUCCACAAGGGUCUAGGCACAGUCCUCUCCAAGACUGGCCACCUAUAUGAAGCGGCUGGCCCAAGGCCUUGA